AUGGCUUUGUGUACUGCUGACAGCAGAGCGGCCACUGAGCAACAGAUGCGCCUUCUCGGCAUAGCCUCACUUCUCGACGACGUCGUUUGCGGAAACGACGUCGGCAUCAUCCCAAAGCCAAGCCCUCACUGCGCUAUUCAGAUCUGCAAACGGCUUGAAGUGCCUUUGCAUCAAGCAAUAAUGGUUGGAGACACGGUAGCAGACCUGAAAAUGGGCCGAGUAGCGGGUCUGAGAGCCAGCGUAGCUGUGUUGACCGGUGUCGGAAAUAGGGAUACUCUCAAAGAAUACAGUGAUUACUUUCUUGACAACGUCAGUGAACUUCCGCUGUUAAUUGCGACGAAGAUCAACCAGAACACCAAACGAGGCUAA